AUGUCUCAUGUUCCUAAUAACAAUGGGUCAAUACGCAACAAACGACCGCAUUGUCUUCAUAACACUCUACGGGGAGCGGUUUCUACAUCUUCGAGCUCAGCAAAAGUAGGAGAGAAUGGAGGACCCUUGCCAUGUAGACAACGUCAGUGGAAAAAGGAUGAGAGCAUCCGUAAAAAGAUAGAGCAAGAAUUAUCCAAAAAGAGCCAAUCUCGCAUAUCGACAAAAGGAGUAAUAUAUCACCACCCUGGCAAAAGGAUCAAGGGCACAGUGUCAGCACUUGGAAUCUCCCCAGCUUUGGCUGUAGGAACAAGUUCAACUGCCCUGGAAGCAGCACAAUUGAUGAUGGUGAAGAAACACAGCUACGUAGUCGUGGUUGACAAUCAUGGAGAUCCAUGUGGCGUAAUAACCGCAAAAGAUAUAACUUACCGGCUCGUGGCAUGUCGCCAAAGUGCAAGGACUACCACUGUAGCCGAUAUCAUGGAACGAAAUCUGGUGCGUGUAGCAUCCACUACUCCCGCUUUUGUCGCUAUUGAUCUUAUGAUAAGUUGCCAAGCUCAUCACGCCAUUGUGCACAGCAAGAAUGGCGAUAUGGCUGGGAUGUUGGAUAUUACAAAAUGCCUGCAUAUGUUUAUUAGGCGCAUGGAAAAGGAUCAUUUAUCAGAAAAGGUCGAAAAGGAGUGUCUGCAAUGCGCAUCAUACCUACAUACUCACACUGAGUCAUCGCGUGACAACACUGUGCAUCUUACCUUACUUGCCCUAUCCAAGCAUCAUCCCCACAAAAAGUCAAAGUUUGUACAAGCAUCCAUCAGAGAUCAGGUACGCAAUGUCAUCGACAUGAUGAAGGUGAACGAGGCUACUGCAGCUUUGGUAUACGAUAAUGGUCGUUUAGCUGGUAUUUUCACACCAAAAGACGUGGUCCUUCGUGUGGUGGCAGCUGGUAUUGCUUUGGAUAAUUGUUCGAUGGUGCGUGUAAUGACGCCGCAUCCUGAUGUUGCCACUUUCUCAACCAGCAUUCUGGAUACUUUAAAAACGAUGAAUGCUGGUUGUUUCAAGCGUAUGCCUAUAGUGGACGAAAAGGGAGACAUCGCUCACCUUGUGGAUAUGACGGCACUCAUGCUUUCAUUGUUUGAGGACCAUCGCACAUGGCUUUGCAGUAACGACGGGGCUCAUAGCAGCUGUGUUACCACUGCUGACGACGAUCAUGACAACACUGCCGACAGUGGGUUUUCUAGCCCAAUGCUGCUGCAUGAAACUCCUAUACUCCGAUUAGCUGGACCUAGUUGGAAUUCGAGAUCGCAGCCAGAGACCAUGUCCACCAAUGUCACAUCCGCUCGAGAGGUUUCAUUGAUACAAAAUAUCUUCUCCUUCAAGUUCACUGUUGGAAAUACUACGCACCGCAUCAAUUGGGAUAGCAGAGACUUUUCAGGACUGCAAGCUAUUAUACGGCAAAGAGUCAUUGCUGCUUCUCAGUAUUCGGUUACAACGUAUCCUCGAUCAUCUUCGAUAGCUAUUGCGUAUUGCGACAACGAAGGCGACGAAAUAUUGAUGACAUGUGAUGCGGAUUUGAUUGAUGCGGUUCAAAUGGCUCACAACAUGGGCCAAGAUCGCGUACGACUUGUAGUCUAUAAUUCAACAACAAUCGAAGAUCCAGAGGCAGCAUUUGAUGAUUAUGAAGGUAUCACUCUUUCCACCCAAAUGCGAGAGCGACACCAAAUGGAAGUGAAAACAAUGAAAUAUUUAUCAGCACAAGCUUCUGCUGCUCCAACUUUGCGCGAAGAAGUCUUUGGCUACCCAUCCUCUACUACGGUAGUAACAGCACCAUUCAAUGACGAUGAUGAUCCAAAGCAACAUGGCGCAUUUAUUGAUGGGGUUUUAAAACGACAAGAUAAUACGCAAGAGCAUGCGGACCAACAUUCGAUGCAUGGCCAGUGGAUUGCGGAUCAUUUAUUAUUACCAACAACUAUUAGUUUUCUCGGCGUAGCGAUAAUCAGUGUGUUUAGUACUCGAUGA